GAAAUGCGGCUCUCUGGACUCUGCUCUGCUGCGCGCUCGCCUCACGCAUGUUGAAGACCUCGGUUACGUAAUGCAGUUUUUUUUUUUGAAUGACCCUGCGUUAAGAGACCGGCUCACACAACGUUUCCCGACGUCACCCCCCGCCCCCCUCCCUCCGGUGGAUUUUACUUGAGCUCUGCAGCGCCAUGCAUUGCAACGGAAUGGGAGUCGGAUGAGGUGGAAGUCGGAUCCAUCCUGAGGGAGAAGGGACAACAGGAGGGACAGGAGCCUGAUGCGGGACUCGGGGCCAGCAUGACCUACAUACCACAGAGCUUAAGAGACGCGUCUCCAGGACCGAGCCGCUGGUGUGCUGCUCACCCUUUGCACCACAGUAAUAAGUGACCUUCACUUGCGUUUGCUGCCGCAGAACUAUGCACAACAAGGGAAUAUGCAUCGGACUGAACCGACUGAAUCGUCCAUGCGGGCCAUGUCCUAAGGCAAAAAAGGUGCCAUGUCCUAAUAUAAGCGGAGACAGACGGAAUCAGCUUUUUUUGCGUGGAUGUUUUGUUGAUCUUCUGUAACACUCUGGGGUCAAAGAGGAAACUAAAAGGUAAAUCAAUUAUGCAGGUGGCCCGAGGCUUCUGGACACCCGUUUCCAAUUUUGCUGUGAGAAUACACAGCGGCUCGGCUCUUUAGCCUUUGGCCUACAACUGAGGAGGUUGGCAGUUGUGCCAGGAGCAAAGGUCCCGAGAAGAGCAGGGCUGACAGGUCGCUUUUGAGACAGAGAGGAAUCUAGAUUUCUCAUCAUAGACUUCCAAACAUGCUGUGAACUGUGGUCGGCAAUAAAGUCAAGAGCCAAGUAGUAAACACUGAAAUACGUUGCCAGAAACUCAGAAGCUGAUUGACUUUUUUUUUGUUAACAACACAAACGUUUGCAAUCAUGCUUCUGGACUGUGGUCAGCCAUUACCUCUCCUGAGGCACACAGAUGUGCCGUCUCGGGUCAUCGAGAACUUCAUCCUGACUGGCUACCGCUUCCCAAACUACAGCCUGAGGGAUUGCUUACUAUCAGCAUUCAGGCCGACUAAUGAAACGGGCAACUUCUGGACACACUUCCUGCCAGUCUUUGUUUUUUCUUACUAUUUUGUGGAGGUUUUUGGUUGGGAAGGUGCACCACACAGUGAUGCGCCAUUCUUCUAUCCAUUGUGGAACUACUUUAUCGGAGUGUUCUGUCUCCUAAUUGCUAGCAGCAUGGCCCACCUGCUCAACUCGAUGUCUGUGGUGGUCAGAGAAGUCUGCUUCUUUGUGGAUUACGGCACUAUCAGUGCGUACACAGUUGGCUCAUCGUUGGCGUACUACUACUACAUCCACCCUCGGGCAGGGAUAGUGGAAACGGGAGGCCAUAAUAGUUCCCAUAUGGACCUGAAUCAUGAACCUGCAGGGACAUUUUUUUCAUCCUAUGCAAUCCCAGAUUUCAGUGCAUUCUUUGACACCCUCUACAUCCCGUGUGCAUGUGUUGUAGCAAUCUUUUGUGUCUUAUCAUGCUGCAACACUCGCCAUAGGUGGAGAAAGCAUCGAUAUGUCAUCCGGACCCUUGUCUUCCUCCUCCCAUUCCUCGUCUCUUCUACACCGGUCUUCUAUCGCCUCCUCACCAGAUCGCCUUAUUCCGCCACCUCCUCUUCGUUUGCUGCUUCCACUUCCAUGUCCAACUUAUUCUAUCGCCACUGCCUUUGGCUGCUGGUGUCGGCCAUCUUCAACAUUAGCAAGUUUCCGGAGCGGCUGGCCCCGGGUCGCUUUGACAUCUGGGGGCAUAGCCACCAAUGGUUCCACUGCUGCACGUUUCUGUCCAUCCUCGACGAACUUCACAUGAUCAAGACGGAGGUGAGGGCCAUCCUGCUCAGCCCGACUCUGCUGCUGCCCCCUGCCACCCUCUCCCGCCUACCUGGACCUACCAUAGCUACCACUUACGGGGUGAUGCUCCUCCUGCAGACCACCAUCAUCUCCAUCAUCGUGUGGUUCUCCUGGUGUGCCAACAGCAUCUACGGACCUCAGAGAGACCAGCUAGCUAAGGAACAGAUCAAGAAAUGCCUGAAAUGCCACUGAUCUCACAGACGUCUUUUUAAAUCAUGUCGGAUGAGAUGGAAUAUUUGCACAUGAAUACAGAGCCAUGCCACUAACAGAUACGCACAAGUAAAACAAUUUCUCCCUCUCUUGAGAAUUGUUUGAGCUUUCAUGAGGGGAAAUUGGGGACAACGGGAGAUGAGAGGAUUAUAUUCUGAGCUCAUCACAAGGGAGGCUGUCUGGUUGAGUGGAUAUUGAAGGAACUUGCCAGCUCUUUCCCCUGAGCUGUUCCAGCAUGUUCCAACAGGAUGCCUAAGCAGUGGAUAUAAUAACUACCUCUAAGGGCUGUAUACUCGAGGACAGAGGAAAGGUGAUGGUACCCAGGAGAACGUCCCACAUAACAUUUGGGUAAUGUGGCGUCAAAGUCGGCAUGUGCAUUUGCAGAAGUUGUCCAAGUGUUCUGCUGUCACGUCCUUCCUCCUGUUGCACUUCCCCCUUCCUCUGACCUAAAAUGGUAUCUUUUUGAAAAUCCUCUCAACCCAUUGAUUCACAUUGAAUGAAUCAUUUUGUCAGAGCAUUGUUAACCGUACCUUCCCUUCCUCCUCACGCAGUCUCAUUUCCUCCCUCUUUUCCCUUGUGACCCUUGCAGCAGGAAGUGCGGUGGCCUUGCAGACGUAACAGAAAUAGCCGAGAGCUCAUAUCAGUGGUAGAGUAAAGCACUUUUCAGGGUUCUGCCCUGUCAUUAAGAAGCCAUGCUCAGUUUCUGCCCUUAAGGAAUACAUUAACAUUUCUCAAGCAUAGGGGGAUGUUGUGCUGACAUGUUGGACUUGCUGGGUUAUUUCAUUGAUAACUAGUUCAGACUAAAAUGUGAUAUAAAUCUGAUGUUUUCUAAACAGUAUGAGAAGCAUAUUGACUUCACUGGAGCACAUGUAGGUGAAAUCUAUCAUUGAAAAAAAAAAGGAUUGAAGCAGCAGUGCACCAGGGUGAAUGCCUUCAUUGUGUACAUGACAUGGAGACUUUUCAUGUCAUGUGACAUACAGCAGCCUCUCAGAGCAUAAGCCAUACUUUAGAAUAAUGAGAGUUAAAAUAAUGGCAAUAUUGUAGUUGUAUAAUGUCAUGCCAGGAACUUCCUGGAUAGAGAUUUGCACUCGACAGAUAAACCAGGCUGAUGGUUCACCUCGCAGUUUGUACCUUUUUGUGUAUCAUCAUGACAUAAGCAUCAGUUUAAAAAUAAAAUAAAAAAUACUGUCCCAGGCAACCUGUGAAAAACUCAUGAGGGUCAGUUAACAGUAAGGCGCUUCAUGAGCACCCCCCCCUCCAACCACGAAAGAUUGUCGUGUGUUGUCUAAAAUUGUAUAAGCACAUGAUAAAGAGUUGGGCUCUAAUCUAACCAAACAGAACUAUUUCUGCAGUGCCAUACUUCAAACCUGUUUCUCAAGCUGUGCUAUUAUUUCCUAAUUAAUCUAAACAGAGAAUGGCACGUAAAGCCCUUGCGUAAAUUUGAACAAAACCAUAAAUACAAAUUAUCAAUUUAAAUCAGCAUUACUUUUUAUUUCUAUACUUUAUCCCCACCCAAAACAGUUUUUUUAUUGUGAAAUGUUUUAGUAUUUUUACAUGCACGUGGACAGAGAGGUGCUGUAGUUUAAUGACCUCCUGGAUGAUUCGGUGAUUGCCGCAUAUUUAUCAUUUCACUGAUGCUUGUGUGAUACACAAGAGGCACAACCGUGGGCUUUAAUUUGACCAUGUAAAUUGAAUGCCUCUCGUACCAUCUAUUAUCCAACCUUUAAAUGCAUGAAGCAAGGUUCGCCUUAUUAUUAGCAAUGAUCUUGGUGCUGUAGGCUCACACCCUUGUUGAAGUCUGCUUUCCUUUCCUUCCUCUUUUAUUCUUCAAUUCUGCUGCUUGACCUAAACUGUGCAGGCCCAUUAUUUGGGUGGCUAGCUAUUAAUCCAAUUUAUUGAGAUAUUCUCUUUUACUCUCUGUGACCGCUCCAAUUGUCUGAGUCCAUAUUUGUGUUUUAAGUAGAUUUGUAAUUUUAUGAAAGAAGGGCAAAUGUGUCGUGUUUGCCAAGUAGACUAAUGGUCAGUCAUUUCCCAGAUGAGAAGAAAACAAGGUAUAUUAUGUAUGUAAUGCAGACUUAUGUGAGUUAUGGGCAUUAUGAGGUCCCCAGCAUUCACUGAUUAAUUUACUGUAGUUUGAUAUAACAGUUUGUGCUCACUGCCACUUUUUGGCAUUUUCAUUUCUGCCGUGUCACAUUUAAGCUGUUUUCAGACAUGAACUCCGGAGACAGUCACGUUGUCUGGACUCUGCUUCAGUAGUUUAUUCUGGGCAUUUCCGGACUUUUGUGGGCCCCAGACAUUGUAUUUCACUAUCUUUUAACUAUCUUGCAUGUACAUCAUAGUCUUUCUCAGACACGUGCUCUGGAGAGCACUGCGCCGUGUUAGAAACGUCAUCAACACACCCACUCGCUCAGGGAAUCCUGCGGAAGAUCUACUGCUGUGUUCUCACAUGGGCUGAGUUUUUACUUGGGGGAGCUGGCUCCAGAGAAAGUCUGGAGGCCCCAACUCGGACAUUUGCGCUCUCACAUACCGCCCCUGUGGAGAUUCUCCGGAGUUCAGUGAAUGUCUGAAAGCAGCUUUACCUGCAUGAUUAAGUAUAUUCUUUCAACUCAACCAUAAAUCAAUUUGACAUAAGACCCCACCUGUUGAAGUGUCCAUGAAAAAGACCCUCAGUGCUGCUGUCUUCCCUUAUUUGACAACCAAGCUAAGUGAAGAGGGAACAGGAUUUCAGUCGAGGAUCCUAGAAAAAAUAGUUCCUUUGUUCAGCGUUAAUGUGUGCACCGUGUAAACGGACCACGACUGUCAGUGCUCACAUGAAGAUAAAUCAGGAGACCGUCUCUUUUCUUUGAGGGUUUUCUGCGUAAUUCUGUCACGUCCGUGGCGAUUCUGUAGUCUUUCUCGUAGAGCUUCAAUUGUAAGGAAUUGCUUGUACGUCACACUUUAACUUUAACUGUUGUCAAUAAGUCAUGUUUGUCUAAUUUCAGAAACGUUAUGAUUAUUUGUUCUGCUCAUAUCUGCACAUUCACUCGUGUUUCGUACACGUACACUUGCACAAGAGGCAAUGGUUAGAAGUGGAAGCUGAGUUGUGUGGUAUGUACGACACUGGAAUGAGAACACGAGGACCGUAUUGAGUGGUUGUAAUAAUCAUGCUGUUAUGGUGCACUUUAAAGAUUCGUCUAUGUCCUCAACAUGUUCCUUUUAAGGGUCAGCCCUGCUGUACUGUAUUGUUUCAGAGGUUCACCAGAUAAAGACGCAUCCAGUGUGAAAGCGAUGUUUCUACCUCAAUACAUUUUUUUGUCACUGAGAAGAACCAUCAUUGAAACAGACUGUGGCUGCCAGACUUGAACUAUCGUUGUUGAAGAGUGUUCAGUAUGUGAAUGUUAGACUUACAGACUGCUGUAUCUUUCCAAGGGAAGCACUCAGGUGUGACUGAAGAACGACACUAAUACAUUAUUUACAUGCACUGGAAUUAUAAAUUACUAGAGGUGGAGGUAUCAGUACUGUGUCUGUUAAUGCAGAAAAAAGAGAAAACCCUCCUCUAUUAGCUUAAUAAAUGUAAAUCUCACUAAUAUAUGGACGAUUUGAGUUCUGUUGAAUAAAUUAUGCAGAGAACUGUUA